AUGGCUGUAAACCGGAUGCAAGAGGCAGAGGAAGGCCAGCUGUUGUGGUCGGAGGUCGGCUCCAGCGACUUCUUACAAUUCGAUUUUGGAGGGUCGGCCUAUGAGGAUGAGCUGAAGAAGAAUCAGGCAAGGGCGAAAAACUUAUCCGCCAUCAAAUGUAUGGUGAAGACUCUUACGCCAUCAGGGGGUCCGACUGAGGACUCCCCAGGCUUGCGGGUGAUGUGGAUGGAACAUGAUUUCAAGUUCUUUGGAGGCUCCCUUGGCUGUGCCGAGGGCGAGAAGCUCACACGGGGAUUCGAGUAUGCCAAGCAGCAUGGUCUGCCAGUGGUGGUGAAAUGCGCAAGUGGUGGAGCAAGGAUGCAUGAAGGCACUUUGUCUUUGAUGCAGAUGGCCAAGAUUUCUUGUGCUGUCUCUGCUUUGAGCUCCGCUGGCCUGCCAUUCAUCACUUUGCUUGUGGACCCGUGCUACGGAGGUGUUAGUGCUUCCUAUGCGAUGCAGGCUGACGUUCGCAUUGGGGCGGAGAGGGGCCGCUUGGGUUUUUCGGGACCGCAAGUGAUUCUGAACACCCAGUUUGGUAUGCAUCAAAACUCUUACGAUCGUGAGUGUCCAGAUGAUUUUCAGAGCAAUGAGUUCGGCAUGCGCCAUGGCAUUGUGGACAUGGUGGUGCCUCCAGCGGAGAUGGAGUCCGUUGCUUGGCAGGUGCUGUCGGUCCUGGCAGCCAAGCCGCAGCGUGUUCUCCCUCCUCCUGGGGCGAUUACGCAGUUCCCGUCUGGAAAUCCUGUCUAUGUGAACUCACGUCUCCUUAGCCGCUACGACUCCUCAGACAUUAUCAAGGAGCUUGCGACUCGCUUCGUCGACCUUGGAGGUGACGGUAAGGGCCCCAACGGCCUUGACAAGUGCUUGCGCUGUGGUCUUGCAACCCUGCAGAGUGGCCGCCGUGUGGUGGUCAUGCGAUGCUGCAAGGGUCACACUCCAACAGAUCGUGAGCAUUUCAACCAUGCGAUGCCCGCACCCUCUGGCUACCGAACCGCCCUGAGGUUCUUCGACCUUGCUGAGCGCUUCAACUUGCCAGUGGUCACACUUGUGGACACCGUGGGAGCGUGGCCUUCCUUUGCCGCCGAGACGGCAGGGCAAAGUGAAGCCAUCGCGACGAAUCUGACCAAGAUGGGUGGGCUGAAGGUACCCAUCGUGACCGUCAUCGUUGGUGAGGGAGGCUCAGGAGGCGCCCUUGCCAUUGCCAUGGGCAACAAGAUCGGAAUGCUUUCCCAAGCCUACUAUUCCACCAUCACUCCAGAAGGGGCGGCUUCCAUUUUGGGUAGAUACAAGGAUGAUGACCAUAAGAAGGUGCAAUUUCCGGAGGAUUGCUUGGCUUUGGCAUCCAAGCAGAACAUCUACGCUCCGCAGUUGAAGGAGCUGGGGGUCAUCGAUGAGGUGAUUUGGGAGAAGGAGGGCGAGGACUGCAAGUCCUUCCCCGGGACGAUGGGCAAUAUCAGUGCCUUUGUGGAGGCCAGUCUCCAGGAGCUCUCCGGGAUGGACUCAGCGAAGCUGGUGGAGCAGCGUUAUCAGAAGUUCCGGAGCAUGGGCAAAUUCAAGGAGUACAGCCCGGAAGAAAGGGAGGCGCUCACGUCAGCUCCUGUGGAGGAGAAGGCCAAGAGGCAGCGUGUCGUGCCGACGCCGCCCAAGAUCCUGACCUACUUGACGGAGAAAACUCUGAAGGGUGCACAUUCCUUCCUCAAGGGGAAGGGUCCCGCCGACUGCCCCCGUCAUUGCUUCCUCAAGGUGGAGGUUGAGCCUGCGGCGAAGGCCGAGCGCAAUGCCAAGCAGAUCCUGGACGAGGAGGGUCCCGAAGCCAUGGCCAGGUGGGUUCGGGCCACCUCCAAGGAGCGAAUCCUGCUCACAGACACGACGCUACGUGACGCGCACCAGUCUCUUGUCGCCACGCGAAUGAGGACUGCGGACAUGCUGAAAGCUGCGCCCGAGAUGAGCAAGCACUUGCACCAAUACUUCUCCUUGGAGUGCUGGGGCGGCGCCACCUUUGAUGUCGCCUACCGCUUUCUGCAUGAGGAUGCUUUUCAGCGCCUCGAAGAGUUGAGGGCCGCUGUCCCCAACAUUUGCACACAGAUGUUGCUGCGUGGUGCCAAUGGAGUCGGCUACAAGUCCUACCCUGACAACGUCGUGGAGGAGUUUGUGCGCCAGGCCGCAACUUCGGGGAUGGAUAUCUUCCGGAUCUUCGAUUGCUUUAACGACGUUGAGCAGAUGAAGGUCUCCAUCAACGCUGUGCGCAAGAUGAAGAAGGUGGCCGAGAUCGCUAUGUGCUUCACAGGUGACUUCUUGAACCCUGAUGAGAAGAUCUAUACCCUGGACUACUAUAAGGAGCUUUGCAAGAAGUGCGUGGAUGCAGGAGCUCACAUGAUUGCCAUCAAGGACAUGGCGGGGUUGCUGAAGCCAGCUCAUGCACGUCCAAUGAUUGAGAUCAUCCGAUCAGUGUGUGAUCUACCCAUCCAUUUCCACACGCACAACACCUCCUCCGCUCAGCUUGCCACCUUGCACGCCAUGGCAGAUGCCGGCUGUGACAUUGUGGAUGGCUGUUUUGCAGCAUUCGCAGAUGGCACAUCGCAGCCAUCGCUGAAUGCCUUCAUCGCAACCAUGGAAGGAAGGCCCCGGGAUCCUAAGAUCAAUUGGAAGCAGCUUGAGGGCCUGGAUGCUUAUUGGGCCUCGGUUCGCGACAUGUACAGCCCUUUCGAGAGCGGCAUGAAGGCGAUGACGGCUCGUGUGUUCCAGCACCAGGUGCCUGGCGGUCAAUACUCAAACAUGUACGCUCAGUGCCACUCUCUCGGUGGCGAAAACUGGGACAAGGUUCUGCAGAUGUAUGCUGACGUCAACAUGUGGUGCGGUGACAUUGUGAAGGUCACGCCUUCUUCAAAGGCUGUUGGCGACAUCGCGCUGUUCCUGGUGAAGCAGGGCAUUGAGCCUUCCGACUUCGACAACAUACCAAAGAUGCAGUCUCUUCACUGGCCACAAAGCGCCAUCGAGCUGGCUCGAGGUGAGAUGGGCGUACCUCACUUUGGAUUCCCCCAGCGAAUGACAGCCGCAAUUCUCAAAGGUCAGCUGAAGCCCAUGGAGGGCAGACCAGGCGACACGCUGGCACCAGAAGACUUUGAGAAGGUGAAGGCACAGAUGAAGGAGGAAUUUGUCAUGGAACCUACAAGUGAGGACUUGAAUGCUUUCCUGAUGUAUCCAGGAGUAUUCCGAGACUACAAGAAGCACCUCGCCAAGGCAGGACCCUUGGCAACUUAUUUGCCAACCGCGGCAUUCUUCUACGGCCUCAACGUCAACGAGACCAUUGACUUUGACGUGCCUGGGGCCAACGUCAUGGAUGCCGAAGCCAAGAAUGAUGCUUCUUUGCCCAGGUCCAAAGCAAGCAUCCAGCUUACGCGCGUGGGCCCUCUUGAGCAUGACAUGAGGACUUGCGAGUGGCUGGUAGACGGCACCACAUACCAGGUUUCAAUCAAGGAUCCUCCCAAGAACGCUUCGUAUGCGGGUCCCAUGGCUGACCCCUCUAACAAGACUCACGUCUCGUGCCCUCUGCCCGGAGUGAUCCGUUCAGUAGUCAAAGAGGGUGCUGAGCUGAAGAAGGAUGACAUCCUUUUCACCGUGGUUGCCAUGAAGAUGGAGGUUGUUGUGAGGGCUCCAGCAGCGUGCGAAGUCACGGAAGUGUGCGUCGGCAUGGAGGCAGAGGUCGUGGACGGAGCGCUGCUGGCCAAGCUGACUAUGCUUGAGGAGGAGACCUUGCCCGGUGCCUAG